AUGGGUGCAUUUGAAAGCUUCAGAAAAGCCUAUGGAGCUCUAAAGGACUCCACCAAGGUAGGGCUUGCAAAGGUCAAUAGCGAAUUCAAGCAUUUGGACGUCGCCAUUGUUAAAGCAACGAAUCACGUCGAACGUCCACCAAAGGAUCGCCAUGUUAAAAAGAUCAUUUCUGCAACAUCCGCAGUUGUUCCACGAGCAGACGUUGCAUACUGCAUUCACGCUCUAUAUAAAAGAUUAUUAAAGACGAAAAACUGGAUCGUUGCCAUAAAGACAUUGAUAGUAUUUCACAGGAUAUUAAGGGAAGGUGAUCCUUCCUUUAGAGAAGAGUUACUAAAUUAUUCGCAACGAGUACAACUUUUCCAAAUCUCGAGUUUUAAAGAUGACUCGAGCCCUCUUGCUUGGGAUUGCUCGGCGUGGGUGAGAACGUAUGGAAUGUUUCUUGAAGAACGACUAGAGUGUUUUAGAAUGUUAAAGUACGAUAUGGAGACAGAGUGUUCGACUAGACGCGCACCAGGCAAGGGCUAUAACAGAAUUCGGAUCAUGAAUGGCGACGAAUUACUAGAACAACUACCGGCAAUGCAACAACUUCUUUAUCGUCUCAUUGGUUGUCAGCCUGAAGGAGCGGCUUACUACAACUAUCUUGUGCAAUAUGCUUUGGCGCUAGUUCUCAAAGAAAGCUUCAAGAUCUAUUGUUCCAUCAAUGAUGGCAUCAUAAAUCUUGUUGAUUUGUUCUUCGACAUGCCUAAACAUGAAGCUGUAAAAGCUUUGAAUAUAUACAAAAAAGCCGGGAAACAGGCUGAGUAUCUUGCUGAGUUUUAUGACUAUUGUAGACACUUAGAUUUUGCAAGCAACUUUCAAUUCCCAAUGUUGAGACAGCCACCUCCUUCGUUUCUUGUCACAAUGGAGGAAUAUAUUAGAGAAGCUCCUUCAAUGGGUUCGAUUCCGCUUAGGAGACUGGAGUAUGAGAAAAUCAAAGAAGAAGAAAGUGAAGAUUCUAACUCUAAAGAAAAUGAUAAUGAACAAGUUGAAGAUAAAGAGGCAUUACUAAUUGAGUGUAAGCCUAAUCCUGAGCCCGAGCCUGAGUUUGAGCCUAAGAAAGACAAAAUUCUUCCAUUAGUCAUAUCUCAAACCAAUGACAAUGAUCUACUAGGCUUAAGUCAAUUAGAUCCUAAAGCUCUAGAGCGAGAGCAGAAUAAUACAAUGGUCCUUGGUAUCCUUCAAAAUGGUAAUGAUCCGCAAUCGUCGUUUACAGACUGGAAUGGAAGCAAAACGACAUCAGGAUGGGAGCUUGCCCUCGUCGAGAAAAACAUCAACAUUAACAAGUCACAAAGCAAAUUGGGUGGUCAAAUCGACAAGUUCUUAUUAGACAGUUUGUAUCAAGAUGACGCGGUUAGAAAACAUAUACAACUACAAAAUGCUGGCUACAACACAAGCUAUAAAUGCAAUAUGCAAUAUAAUCCUUUUGAUCAACAACUACCACAGCUACCCUUACAAGACCCAUUCAUGAUGUCGAACAGAAUUGCACCUCCGAUGAAUGUACAGAUGGCGAUGUUGCAUCAACAACAAAUACAACAAUCUCACUACCAAUAUCCGCAUUUGUAUCAGCAACCGUAUAAACAACAGAACAUGUUAGUGCUUUGCAAUAACCAACAUGCUAUGGGGACUUCAAAUCCGUUUGGAGAUGUUUACGAGUAUCCUCAAAGUAGUAAAGCAUCACAUGGAAACCAAGGGUUGGUCUAG